AGAGGAAGUGUGCCAUUCCUGCAUAUGCCUCUGUACACGUGUCUCAUGUCAUUCUCUUGUACUACUUGUCUCUUGCCGUGUCAAGACAUGAUCAACAUCUUCUUUCUAACCAUCAUUCUCCUGCACUCUGUGGGACCAGUCACACUCUGUUUGGAUGGUGUGCCAGGAGUCCAUGGAUGUGUGCCUCAGCAGAACUGUUCGGAGUGUAUGAAGAGUCCGGGAUGUGCCUGGUGCAAACAUAAAGACUUCCUGAAGGCAGGUGAGUCCAGUGAGCGCAGGUGUGACACAGCACAGUCCCUGAUCACCAGGGGUUGUGAGAAGGUCGACCUCAUGAACCCCCUCCCUGACUACACCCACUUGAAAAACCAGAAGCUGAGCAGCGACAUGGACACUGUGGUGCAGCUCUCUCCACAGAACCUUCAUGUUAAACUAAGAAUCGGUGUCCCCAUUGAGUUCAACGUGUCAUUCAAGAGAGCUGAAGGCUACCCUAUUGACCUCUACUACCUGAUGGACCUCUCGUUUUCCAUGAAGGAUGACCUUAACAUGAUCAAAAACCUGGGAGAGGACAUCCUCAAAACUCUCCGCAAGAAUACCAAACAUGUCCGAAUUGGCUUUGGAUCAUUUGUGGACAAGGUGGCCCUGCCUUAUGUUAGCCAGUUAAAGGCCAAAAAAAAAGACCCCUGUCCAAGCCGAUUGGACAUCUGCCAGCCAGCCUUCAGUUUUCAGAACAUUCUGGCCCUUACUAGAGACGCAGCGGAAUUUAAGAGGAUGGUGAGCAAACAAAGUAUCUCUGGGAACCUGGAUUCUCCUGAGGCAGGCUUUGAUGCCAUCAUGCAAGCAGCAGUCUGCCAGGAUGUAAUUGGUUGGGCCAAUGUCACAAGAAUUCUAGUCUACACAUCUGACGACACAUUCCAUUUUGCUGGAGAUGGAAGUUUGGCAGGAAUAUUUGAGCCUCAUGAUGGGAGAUGCCACCUCAAUGGCAGCGGCUUCUAUGAUGGCACUAAAUAUGACUAUCCCUCUGUUGGGCACCUGGCCAGGGUCCUCUCAUCUAAUAACAUCCAGCUCAUCUUUGCAGUCACUGAGGACAGCGUUUCUGCUUAUCAUGCAUUGAGUAAACUAAUCCCUCAGUCAGUGGUGGGAGUUUUGAGUAACGACUCCAGCAAUGUGGUCCAGCUCAUCUCAGAGGCCUACAGAAACCUGUCCUCCACCAUCCUGCUCGAGCACCAAGGAACCCCCUCAGGUCUGGAGGUGACCUACAAGUCUAAAUGUGCUUCUGCUAACUCCAGCCCUUCCUGGCAAAAGAGAGGAGAAUGCAUGAAUGUCAAGAUCAAUGAACAGGUGGACUUUACGGUGCGGUUGACCAGCAACCAUUGUCUGAAUGGGAAUAAAGAGUUUUAUUUGAAAGUCCAAGGCAUAUCUGAGACUGUCAAGGUGUCUGUAGAAACCCUGUGCGACUGUGAUUGCGGCGACAAAGAGAUAGACUCCCAACACUGCCACUACAAUGGGACACUCAGCUGUGGAGCCUGCAGUUGUAAAGAAGGACACUUGGGCCAGAAGUGUGAGUGUAUGCAGCCCAAAGACGACGAUGUUUCCUGUUACCAAAAUAACUCCACGCAGCUCUGCAGCGGGCAUGGAAUCUGUGUGUGUGGCAAGUGUGUGUGCCAGGGCAACUACCGUGGAGAAUUCUGUGAUUGCGAUGACAGUAGCUGUGCUAGACAUGACAACAAACUCUGUGGGGGAAAUGGGGUCUGUGAAUGUGGAAAAUGUAAUUGUACUACAACCUUUGAGGGCUCUGCAUGCCAGUGCUCCACAAAGAAAGACCAGUGUAUGUCAGAUGACAGUCUGCUGUGUAGUGGACAAGGAACAUGCCAGUGCAACAAGUGCAACUGCAACAAAGACUUUAUCGGAGAAAAAUGCUCAAUGAUUCCCACUGCAUGUCAAAAGUUCAAGGAAUGUAUGACUUGCAUAUUGGAAAAAGACAAGGACAACCAUAAGAGCUGCAAUACAUCGUGUGGCUCAGUGACACCCACUAAAUCACAGGGACCUGAGCAAUAUGUUUGUGUCACUGAAUCCAUCUCAUAUAAAGUGGAGCUGUUAAAUGGCAACAUUGUCAUUUUAUACACAGAUUUGCCAAGUACUAUUGACAAGACCCUGGUAAUUAUUGGAAGCUCUGUUUCCAGUAUCAUUUUUAUCGGCAUUGCAGUGAUCCUGGUCAGCCGGCUGCUGCUGGAGCUGCACUACCGCCGGGAGUACAGCAGCUUCCUCAAAGCACAGGAGGAAACCGACUGGAAAGAUACCCACAACCCCUUGUUCCAGGAUGCCACUACAACAAUUAUGAACCCCUUGCACAUUCAGGACGGUUAAUACAUAGAUAUCCAAUCAAGAUGUUAAGCAAUCACAUUAGAAAGGGCAUCUCAGCAGAGAAACCUGAUACAGAGGAAAAUAAAGUCAGUAUGUUCAUGGUGGUUCGGAAACAACUGAAUAAUAUCAUCAUAUACAGUUAUUUUACUCAGCACCAUGUUGUAAAUUAAGUUGUUGAGACGUUUUAUUGCAUCUAUAUAUUCUUGGCAUUUUCUGCUUUAUUUAUUUUGACAGUGACAGAGAGAGAGACAGGAAAGUCACCCUCCUCUUUUUUCUGUUUGCAUUAAAAAAUUACAAAUUAAUAAUUGUACCAUUAAUUGUGGUCACAAAUUGUGAUUCACAAUUAAUGGUCAUCUGACCAUUUUCCAUAUUAAAUGUAUCAUACUUUCUGUGCUGCCUCCUGUGUUGAAUGUGAUUGCCGAAUUGAAACAUUGUAUAAAUUCAAGUAUUUCUGUCAGAAGCCCAUAACAAAUACAAUGUAUGACGUCAAAUUGUUCAAUAAAAUCCAUAACAUGUU